AUGGCCAAGUUAAUCCUGUCCACCGGGAACAUCGUUUCGGGCGGCCCCUCCAUAAUCCGCAAGCCAGGUGCUUAUCGGUCGAACCUCGAGCUCACCAACUCCCUUCGCAGUAACUUCCUCGCCGCCCAGGAGGACUACGCCGACCAGCCGUUCACCAAUGGCGGCGCAAAUGGCGAUAGUAAUGGGCACGGGAUCGAAAAUGGGAAUGGACACAGCGACGAUUUCGUGAACAGCGCUAAGAAUGGCAGGACGCCAGUGUCCGCCUGGACCGCAAGAGAAGGCAAUACCGUGUAUAUCCCGCGCAUUGACUGGGAUGCCGCAGGGCUGCAGGAAGAGCCCAGCCAAUACGAAGUUACUGUCAAGCUCUUCUUCCUGCCCACGGCGUCCAUCAAAGAGCGCGCGCGGUACACGAGUGAGGCGCUGGAUCUGGUCAUGAAGGAGCUUCGCAUCGGCCAGGUCGACCUCCUCAUUGUCUCCUUCCCGGGCAUGUCUUUUGAGGGCGACUGUGAGUGGGAAGCCGACAAGAUCAAUGCCGCGCAAGGAGACGACGAGGAGGAGUUUGCGACCUGGGCCAUUCUCGAGCCCUUCCACAAGCAGGGUCUCGUGAAGAAUCUUGGCGUCGCCGAGUUCGGCACUGAGAAACUUUCGCGCCUCUUGCAGAGGACUUGCGUACGGCCUGCCGUGGAUCAGAUCAACAUCAAGAACUGCUGCAGUGUCCCCCCGCCUCUGGCUAAGCUGGCCAAGGAGCAGGGCAUCGAGCUGCUUGUCCAUAGCGACUGCACGAACAUUCUGCCGAAAGGUACGCUGCGGGAACUUCUCGGUUCUGGGUUUCAGGGCGCCGGCGUACUUUGCGACCCGGAGGAUCCAAAUGGCGCCCACAACGGGGUUGACUGCCUGCACGGAGACCUGACGCCGCAAUGGGUCGUGAAAUACACGGCAGUCGUCCGCGACCGGGGCGUCAUCGAAAACAAGGGGUACUUCGCUGGAGCUGAGCUUCAUGAAGAGUAG